AACAGUGCAACACAGUCCGAACCUCAUUCAUCAUGGGGUCUAGCAUGCUAGCUGUUGUUGUCCCACUUAAGGGUUUAAUCAAUUAGCGAGGAAAUCACGUCAGAACAUUAGCACCUACAUUGUCUAUUUUACGUCUUAUCAGCGGGUAUCUUUAUUUGUAACCUCAGCGCCAUUCUGCUGUGCUGUAUCAGGGACUUAAACGCCUCGUGUUAUGGGAGAACGACGAACACUGCGGUCAGGAGAGCGGUUGGCUGUCAGCAACAAUGUCCGAGUGAGAGGAGCCUGCUGCGGCUCUGACAGCUGAUUGUUGAUGUUGUUGCACAGAUCAACCUACAUUUGAAUCAUGCCUGGAAAACUAAAAGCCAAAAUUGUAGCUGGGCGCCACUUGCCUGUCAUGGACAGAGCAAGUGACCUUACAGAUGCUUUUGUAGAGGUCAAGUUUGGAAAUACAACAUUCAAAACAGAUGUAUACCCCAAAUCCCUUAAUCCACAGUGGAACUCAGAAUGGUUCAAAUUUGAGGUUGACGAUGAGGACCUACAGGAUGAGCCAUUGCAGAUCACAGUAUUGGACCACGACACUUACAGUGCAAACGAUGCCAUAGGGAAGGUCUACAUCGACAUUGACCCGCUGCUGUGCAGUGAGGCCGCCUCUGUCAUCUCCGGCUGGUUUCCCAUCUAUGAUACUAUCCAUGGUAUCCGUGGGGAGAUUAAUGUCCUCGUCAAAGUGGAGCUCUUCAAUGACUUGAACCGCUUUAGACAAUCAUCGUGUGGAGUCAAGUUCUUCUGCACCACAUCCAUUCCUCGCUAUUACCGGGCAGCAAUGGUUCAUGGCUUUGUGGAGGAACUAGUGGUGAAUGAAGAUCCCGAGUAUCAGUGGAUUGACCGUAUCAGAACUCCUCGAGCCUCCAACGAAGCUCGCCAGAGGCUCAUCUCUCUUAUGUCUGGAGAGUUGCAGAGGAAGAUAGGCCUAAAAGUACUAGAGAUGGGGGGGAAUGCUGUGGUGGGCUACUCGCAGUGUUUUGACCUGGAAGGAGAGUCUGGCUUGGUGGUACGGGCCAUAGGUACCGCCUGCACACUGGACAAACUCAGCUCUGGAGGCACUGGCAGCAUCACCACCACCACCACCAUCACCACCACACACAUGCACCCUCACACAGCUCCUGCCUCCAAUGCCUGCAAUUCCCCUUCUAAGGAUGGAAAGGAGCCGGUAUUUGGUGAGGACCUACCCUUGUCAUCCGGCCCGCCUACCCCUUUCAGAGCCCUCCCCACCUCCUCUUCCUCUCCUCCCCCCUUCUCUCCUUCCAAGCCAUGCAGCCGCCAGUCCUCAUCAUCAGACACAGACCUCAGUUUGACGCCCAAGACGGGAAUGGGCAGUGGGGGCAGUGCCGGCAAGGAAGCUGGACCCCUGAAGACUCUGCUGAGACAGCAGACACAGACAGCUCUCGAGCAGAGGGGCGCCUCCUCCUCUGGGUUAUUGUUAAACGCCAGGGAAUUUCCCUUCUUCACUUUGACGUCUUUCCCACCUGGGUUUCUUGUCCAUGUUGGUGGAGUGGUCAGCGCUCGCUCAGUCAAACUACUAGACCGCAUACACAACCCUGCCUUGGGUAACACGCGCUCAUACAAACUGCUUGACUGGAAUAGUGUCACGGCAGAUGAGCCGGAGACCCGUGAUGCCUGGUGGGAGGAGAUACGACAGGAGAUCAAGUCACAUGCCAAAGCUCUCGGUUGUCAUGCUGUUGUUGGAUACAGCGAGAGCACCAGCAUCUGUGAGGAGGUGUGUAUCCUGUCAGCGUCUGGUACAGCAGCCAUCUUGAAUCCUCGCUACAUGCGUGAAGGCUGUUUGGACAUCGGAAGCACGGAACACAGGUUGUCUCCACCCAGAGAAUGGUUUGAGGAACCUCCUUCCCCGAAUUGUGGCUUCUGUCACAUACCGUAUGAUGAGUUCAACAUGCCCUUUCCCGCCCAGCUCACCUAUUGUUACCUCUGCAGAAGACAAAAGGUCCCUGAUGUUCUGUUCACAACAAUUGACCUGCCACUAGAAGCAGCUGUCACAGGGAAAGGAUGUCUCAUUCAGGCCAGGCUGUGCCGCCUGAAAAAGAGAGCCCAGGGGGAAGUCAAUGCAACGGCCAUCUCCAACCUGCUUCCUUUUAUGGAAUACGAACUUCACACUCAGUUGAUGAACAAACUAAAACUGCGUAACAUGAACGCUCUGUUUGGCCUUCACAUUCAGAUCAGUGUUGGCGAGAACAUGCUGCUGGGUCUAGCUUCCGCUACAGGUGUGUAUCUGACCGCUCUCCCUGCACCAGGAGGCAUUCAGAUCGCAGGGAAGACUCCGGGCGACUUGAGCAACGAGCACCACAUUUUGACUAUUCAGAAAAGGAUCAACGAUACCAUAGGAAAGAACAAAGAACUCUAUCAAAUCACUCCUCCGAAAUUAUUUACCCUGGACCCUGAGGUGCUCGGCGACAUAAACAUGGAUCCCACGGAGGAACUGCUGGGCUCUCCAAUCCCUGAGCCCAGACAAAGAACCAGACUGUUCCGCUCCCACUCGGAAAGCUCAGAUGAGCUGCUAGAACUGGACCUCUCUCAUGGCAAGAAGGAUGCUUUUGUGCUAGAGAUUGAUGACACUGAUGCUGUGGAAGAUAUUCACUCUCUUCUCACGGAUGCCCCUCCUCCUUCUGGUUUUCACAGCUGCAACACUGAGAUCAUGCCUGGGAUUUAUAACUGGACUUCAGGAGUACAGAUGUUUACAUCAGUGAGAGUAUUAAGGUUGAGUAAUGCCAAUCUCACCAAUCAAGGCUUGAACAAGAUCUUUACAGACCUGUGUGAGAACCUACUGAAGAGUUUUUACUUCAAGUUGCGCUCUAUGAUCCCCUGCUGUAUUUGUCAUCUCAACUUCACUGUAGCAGUACCAGAAGAAGAACUUAUACAGGUUGCUGUGACGGCAGUUGCCAUGACAUUUGACAAGGACCAGACCCAGGAGAAGCCUGCAGAAAAGCCUGUGGCCAAAGGGUGCAGUGAGACUGAAGAGCAGCUGCAAUUUCCGCUGGAGCUCUGCGCCGAUUCCCCAUCCGCUAACAUUCAGCCACCAUCCAAAAUCUCAGUCUCUUUACUCACUCCAGCAGCAAAACUCUGCCAAAAUCAGCUGGUUAUUGUGCAAACGGAAGGUGUCUCAGGGAGUACCGCUGUGUCAUCCAGAGCUGCCUCCGUUGAUUACGGUUCCUUUGCAGACAGAUGCAGCACCUGGCUAGAGCUGCUUAGGCUGAAAGCUCACACCAUAAGACGAGGAUCAGUUAAGACAAUCUCAUCAUUGGAUCGCUCCAGUCCGCUGGCAGAUAGUCGUUCCCGCUCAUUACGCUCCAACCGCUGCUCAUUUGGAGGAAGUUCGGUCACCGUGGUGAAGAUGACGCCGCUUUCUUUUCUGCCCGGCCUGCGAAUUAUUAAAUACUUGGGUAUCAUCAACAUGUUCUUCAUCAGAGAGACGACAUCACUAAGAGAGGAAGGUGGUGUAAGCGGCUUCCUGCAUUCAUUCAUAGCAGAGGUGUUUGCGAUGGUUCGAGCCCAUGUAGCAGCCCUGGGGGGUAAUGCAGUCGUGUCCUACAGCAUGAAAGAGUGUGUGUUAAUGGAAAAUCCAAACAAGAAUCAGGCCCAGUGUCUCAUCAAUGUGAGUGGCGAUGCUGUCAUCUGUGUGAGGGAAACGGAUCAGGAGCCCACGUCCUCAAUGACAAACAUGGGACAGACAGAAGGGGCCACAUGACACCCACCCUCACACACAGAACACACACAGAACACAGAGUCUAGCCAUCCAAAUAUGAGCAAUAUAUAUCUGCCUUAACUUUGUAAAACAUCCCAAAGUUCGGACACAAGUAACAGUAAACAAGAUGCUCAAACAAGCGCACAAAAACACGCACUAAAUCGAGUGAGCGGUUUGAAUUAAUACUGACUUUGCUGUAUGUCAGGUCCGUUUUUCCGGUUUAUGUGCUUGAAAUAAUAGCCAAAGAAGCACUUGACUUUUUCAGUUUUAACCACCGUCCCAUCGAGUGUCCCUCCCUGAGGCUCCUGCGGGUACCAGUUAUGCUUUAGGCAGCUAUGACCAGUUUUCCUAUCUACAUAUGAUGGUAAGGAAACUAAACAUGUGUAAUAAAUGUAUAACACAUUUGUAAUGCACUCAAAUUGUCCCAAAUUGGUCUUGAGCCGCUCACAUCCUUGUGUCCAGAAUCCAAAGUUUUGAAUUGUCUACAUUUUUAAAGCUACAAUUGUCAGUUUUGUAUUGACUAUUGUUCCAGUAUUAUUCACAGGAAGAAUCAGUGUCGAUGAUAUUUUGUACAUAUGAUUAAGAUCUUAUUGUUUUUACCUCCAAAAGGUAAAGUAGCAAUGGCAUCAUUUUAUAGCCAUGUACAUGACAGUCACACCUUAAAUGUGGGUGGUAAAUACCAGAUACAUUGAAAAAGUAACUGACAUCCAAGCUUCUUGGUUAGGGCCACCAAUAACACGUCACGUGUGUUCAGAGCAUCUGUGGCUUGUCUCACAGCCGUAGAACUUUUUAUUAUUCAUUCAUUCAUUUUCUACCGCUUAUCCUCACGAGGGUCGUGGGGGUGCUGGAGCUUAUCCCAGUUGUCUUCGGGCGAGAGACGGGGUACACCCUGGACUGGUUUUUAUUAUUAUUAUUAUUAAAGGUCGGCAUCAAAUAUAUUAUAAUAAAUAUUCCUCAUCUUACAUUUUUGCUAUGUUGGUGUCUGCUGCAGAUUUGGCUGUGUGAUGUCCAUACAGGAUGUUUAAUGCCUGAAAAAAAUACAUCUUGUGACGUAUGAUUUUAUGCUGUAAAUUUGCCUCCUAAUCAUUUCCUUUAAGUGCAAUAAGUGCUGUGUACUCAGAUUUAGUGGUACUAUUAAUGUUUCCUCUGUAAAAGCAGGUUGUGAUCUAUUUCCUGUGUUUGUGUCAAAACUUGAAUGAUUAAUGCAUUUGUUUUCUCAGACUAGAAGCAUGCAGACCUUUUUUUUUUAAAUUGCCAUGAACGUAUGCUUGCCUGGUAAGACUUGCACAAUAAAGGCAGUCAAACCCU